CACUUUUCUCUUUCUCCUCUUCCACAUCCAUCGGCAGCGAGAGACUCGCGGGGCGACCCCUUUUCGCCUCUCUCGUCACGGGGAAAUAGCGUGAAGAUGAAGGAAGACGAGAGGUUCGGUUAAUCGCUACAGAGGAAAUUUUUGUCGAUCGUGAGUCUCGGUGGAUGAAAUCGAGCAGCUCUUUUGCGGAGGAGUCAAACCCGUAGAUCGAGGUGAACCGAGAUCUUCAUAUUGAAGGUCUUUUGGCAGCGACAGACACAGGGAGGAGCAAUGGAUCAUCAAGAGGGAAGCAACGACAUAGAUGGCAUGGAGGGCGCGUGGCGGGAGAUAGAGAGGAAUGGAUCGGGGUUGUACGAGAAUGAGGAGGCUGGGAGUAUGAGGGAGCCACUACUGAGGAAGCGCACCAUGAAUACAACCUCGCAGAUCGCUAUCGUUGGCGCCAAUGUCUGCACCAUCGAGAGCUUGGACUAUGAAAUUGUGGAAAACGAUCUUUUCGAGCAAGACUGGCGGUCGAGGAAGAAAGUCCAGAUAUUCCAGUACAUUGUCCUCAAAUGGACUCUUGCUCUUCUGAUUGGUUUGGCAACAGGGCUAGUUGGCUUUUUCAAUAACCUUGCAGUUGAGAACAUUGCUGGAUUUAAAUUGUUGCUGACGAGUAAUCUUAUGCUUGAGCACAGGUUCUUUGCAGCAUUUUUAGCCUACUGUAGCAUCAAUGCAAUUUUGGCAGCAUCUGCAGCUGCCCUCUGUGCUUAUGUUGCACCUGCGGCUGCUGGGUCUGGCAUUCCUGAAGUGAAAGCUUAUCUAAACGGAGUCGAUGCUUAUUCCAUACUGGCUCCUAGCACGCUCUUCGUAAAAAUAUUUGGGUCAAUCGGUGGAGUUUCUGCUGGAUUUGUAUUGGGUAAGGAGGGGCCUAUGGUGCACACAGGAGCAUGCAUUGCCAACUUACUUGGUCAAGGUGGAUCUCGCAAGUAUCAUCUGACUUGGACAUGGCUCAGGUACUUCAAAAAUGAUAGGGAUCGACGAGAUCUGAUAACCUGUGGAUCAGCAGCAGGAGUGGCAGCUGCCUUCCGAGCACCAGUUGGUGGUGUUCUCUUUGCUCUCGAAGAAGCGGCUUCCUGGUGGCGAAGUGCGCUUCUGUGGAGAACAUUCUUCACAACAGCUGUUGUUGCUGUAUCAUUGAGAAGUUUAAUAGAGUAUUGCCGCAGUGGAAAAUGCGGGUUGUUUGGCAAGGGAGGACUAAUAAUGUUCGAUGUUAGCUCAAGCGUUACCACAUACAGCACUCCCGAUCUGAUAGUCAUAAUAGUUCUUGGAGUAAUUGGGGGAGUAUUCGGAGCCCUCUUCAAUUACCUUCUGGACCGGAUUCUUCGAACCUACAGCUUCAUCAAUGAGAAAGGUGCUCCGUUCAAGAUUCUCCUCACCGUGGCCAUAUCUAUCCUCACAUCAUGCUGCUCUUAUGGGCUUCCUUGGCUCGCCAGCUGCACUCCCUGCCCCGCACAUCUCCAAGAGCAGUGCCCGACCAUUGGCCGCUCCGGCAAUUUCAAGAACUUCCAGUGUCCCCCGGGUCACUACAAUGACCUUGCCUCCCUCUUCCUCAACACCAACGACGAUGCCAUCCGCAAUCUCUUCAGUGCCGGCACUGACAACGAGUUCCAUAUGUCUACCCUUUUCGUCUUCUUCGCUGCGGUUUAUUGCCUUGGACUCGUAACAUAUGGCAUUGCUGUUCCUUCGGGUCUCUUCAUCCCAGUUAUCCUCGCCGGUUCUACAUAUGGUCGAAUGGUUGGGACUCUGCUUGGCCCUAUCUCGGACCUCGAUGCCGGCCUCUUUGCCCUCCUUGGAGCAGCAUCUUUUCUUGGUGGAACCAUGAGAAUGACUGUUUCAGUCUGUGUCAUCCUCCUUGAGCUCACCAAUGACCUGCUACUGCUACCUCUGGUGAUGCUGGUUCUUCUGAUAUCCAAAACAGUGGCUGAUAGCUUCAACAAGGGGGUCUAUGACCAGAUUGUUCGGAUGAAGGGCUUGCCUUUCAUGGAGGCCCAUGCAGAGCCUCACAUGAGGCACUUGGUCGCAAGGGAUGUGCUCUCGGGACCCCCCGUCAGCUUUUCUGGAGUUGAGAAGGUGGGAACCAUAGUACAUGCACUAAGAUUGACCGGUCAUAAUGGAUUUCCGGUGGUUGAUGAGCCACCGUUCUCGGAUGCCCCUGAGUUAGUCGGGCUGGUGUUGAGGUCUCACUUACUGAUUCUGCUGAAAGGGAAGAGAUUUUCCAAGGAAAGGGUGAAGACUGGGGUACGAGAAAUGUUACAAAGGUUUGGUGCCUUUGAUUUCGCUAAAGCUGGAUCAGGGAAAGGACUCAAGUUGGAAGACUUGAACAUCCUCGAAGAGGAAAUGGAUAUGUUUGUUGAUCUCCAUCCUGUUACGAAUAAAUCACCCUACACGGUGGUUGAGACGAUGUCAUUGGCUAAGGCUGCCAUCCUCUUCAGGGAGCUCGGACUCCGGCACCUCUGCGUUGUGCCAAAGACACCGGGGACGCCUCCAAUUGUUGGAAUCCUUACUCGACACGACUUCAUGCCGGAACACAUUCUUGGAUUGUUCCCUCAUCACCACUCCCACAAAUAGGUCAUCGCUGUACUUAUAUUUCUUUGCCUGUCACACUGUUACUGCAAUAUCUAUCAACAUAUUAAUAUCGCUGCA